AUGGCCUCCGUCCGUGCCGCCGCUUCCUUAGCGUCAAAGCCCUUCCGGCCCACAGUCUCUCUCCAUGGCCGCCACUGCCUAAUCACCGGAGGUUCCGGAGCACUCGGCGCCUCCAUAGCCGCCGACAUGGCUCGCGCCGGAGCCCGCGUCACGCUACUCGGCCGGAACGAGGACAAGCUCCGGGCGGCCUUGCAAGCCGUGGUCUCAAGUGCCUCCGAAAAUCUAGAAGCGGACUCGGCUGGAAACCGUAAGAGCGUAGAUCAGACGGCCACCGGUGAGAGUAGCCAUAGAUACCUUGUCGUAGGUCGUGAGGGAGGCGAGGUUAAGGAUAUCAUUGCUGCUGAACGAAAGAUCGAUGUCCUCGUAAACGCCGCCGGAAUACCUCAGUCCAGCCUCCUCUUCAAAACAGACUACGAUGAAAUCGAGAGGCUCCUCGAAUCUAACCUCUCACUAUCCAUCAAAGCCUGCAAGGCCGCGACUCGGCCCUUGAUGCGAGCCGCACCCGAUUCUUGCAUCAUCAACAUGGCGAGUGUCCUCGGCACUCACGGCGGUCGUGGUUCCUCCGUCUACGCCGCUUCCAAAGCCGGCAUCAUAGGCAAGUUCCGUGAAGACCUCGAGAUCAACACGCCGCAGCCCCUAGGCCCCCUCGGCAUCCGGGUCAACUGCCUAGUGCCCGGUUACAUCCAAGCCGGAAUGACUGAAUCCGUAGGAAACAUCCCCAUCAAGCCAGAGCAGAUUCCUCUCGGUAGAUAUGGCCACCCCAGCGAGGUAUCGCACGCCGCCCUAUUCCUGGCGACGAACCGCUAUGCAAACAACUGUAUCCUCAACAUUGACGGCGGAUUGAGCGUUGGUCUCGUGUGA